AUGAAGAAAUCGUAGAUUUAAGCGCAAUGCCAGGGUCUCAUGCUCUAAUCACUAGAAGCAAACACUCUUACAGCUGAGUUAAAUAUUAAUGAAAAUCCUUUAAAAGAUUUGAUUGAGGGAUAGUAGUUAUCCAAAACUGCACUUAAAGAUAUAUAAGAUUUGACCUUUUUAUGCAUGGAUUAGGGUGUCUCACCUGCCUAGGACUUAGCUUUCUAAUUUGAAACUAUAGCCGAAAAAUUAGCUUAUGAAAAGGAAUUUUUAUCACUAAAAUACGAGAAGGUUGAAAACAAACUAAAGAAUAAUCUUAACCCCAGAAAGUAGAAGAAGUAAGCAUUGAAAGACAUCUUAGAGGCAUUAUAAGAAGGUUAGUUGAAACAUGAAGGGAAGGAAUUAGGCUAGUAUGCCUAAAAGCUACAAAAAGAUUCUGAUGAUAAAGAAAUACACAUCAUUGAUAAAGAAAAAAUAGUUGAGGAGGAGUCAAAAUUAAUUGAAGAAUUUAAGGCAUAGGGUGCGAGCAUGGAAUUACUAGAGAGAUAUGGUCUGUAAAUUAGAGAAAUUGAAAAUGAGAUAGCCAGAAUGAAAGAAAUAAUUCAUCAAUAGUAUGCUGAUCUCCCUAAUGAUGUUGCCCAGAGCAAAUUAAAAAUAGCUCAACUUAGAGAGGAAGUAAGAAUAGUAGAGGAGCAAGUUAAUAAAAAGAAGUGA